AGUCCCGAUUGCAUCCCCCACCCCCAGCUGCACAGACCUGACACUGACACACAGUCACUGCAGCUGCUGAGCGAGCCGGACGCUUUAAGCACGCGGCGGCCGCAGGACUAGCCCGGAGCUCGAACCUCAGCGCCUGCCAGCGCGCUCCCACGCGGGUCCCCGCACAGAGGUUCCCGCUCGGCCGCGCGCGGGAAGCGGGGAUCGCGCGCUCGCGGCUCCAGGCUGCCCUCGGCGGCCGCAGCCGACGCGCGGUUCCAAACCCGAGCGCUCCGGGAAGCCGGCGCGUCUCGGAGGCGUCGGCGGCGGUGGGGGCCGCCCGUCCGGGUUCCCCGCACCCACAGUGCUGCGUCCCGCUUGCCGCGCCCCGGCGACUCUGACCUUCCAAGGGUCGCCUACCUCGGCCCCAAGUCCCCGGUCCCGCGCCCCACACCAGGGCGAGGCCCGCUCCAGCUCCCGCUUCUCGUGCACUCGCGGGCCGGCGCGCAGGCCCGGGUGGGGGGAGGGUCACUGGGACCAGCUACCGCCGGUCCCUGUGCACGCUCGCUGCUCAGGCCACCAGGGCCCGCUGAGCAGAUCCCGGCCUGGUCGCUGUUCCCGAGCCCGGGCGCUGGUGCCGGGGCGCGGCCGCACUCACUUGCCUCGCCGGCGGGUUGUGGGCAGGCCCUGCCCUGAAGGGGCUAAGCGGCUAGGUGGAGCCGGUAGGGUGUCCGCUCCGCGUUUCUUCCUGGCGCUGGUUCCCGCGGGACCCAACCCUGGGCCGCCCCAGGCCCCUGCCCACGCGAGACGCUCCCGGCUUGGAAGAUUCUUUUUGGCGAGACACAGCUCCCGGCAGCAGCCCAGGAGGAGGAGAAAGAAGGGACAGUGCUCUGUCGCGGCUACCCGGACCUUUCCUGUGGUAUUUGGAGCUAAAGGCUGUCCCGAAGUCUACACUUGGCACCGGCCGUCGGGUUAAAACGGCACCUGCUGGGAUACCGACCCGGACCCCCUACAUUUCUUAGGCGUCAGUGUCACCAAGCUUUCCAGUGUCAGCUCUUCCGGAGUGUUCUUUUUCCUGGGUAGUCAAGGCCAAGGGAACGGCAUCAUAGCAUUGUAGCAGAGACUGCUUGGCAUCACUCUGGAACUGCAGGGGAAGAAAGUCCUGUACCCUCUACCUAGCUGUGUGAGUUUGGAAUGUCUGGCUGUUUCUUCUGUGAAGCAAGAAUCCUGAAGGACCAUCCUGACUUUUGGAAAGUUCAGCUGUCACUUUUCUGUGGGUCCUGCAGUCCAGUUCUUACAGCACACCAUCACGCAGUCCAGAAAGUAUUAUGAGGGAUACUGAGGACUUCAUGCUUUGGACAGAGACAAGGUGCUGAAAUUAGAAAUUGCCACUUCUGAGAGGAUGCUGGGAAUUUGCAGAGGGAGACGGAAAUUUUUGGCUGCCUCUUUGACUCUGCUCUGCAUCCCAGCCAUCACCUGGAUUUACUUAUUUGCUGGGAGCUUUGAAGCUCUCAAUUUGAUUAUUUCCUGCAGUGAAGUUCUCUUGGAUGGGAAGCCCGUGUCUCUGUCUCCCCUGGAGUCCCAAGCCCACAGUCCCAGGUACACUGCCUCAAGCCAGCGGGAGAGGGAGAGCCUGGAGGUUCGUGUCCGAGAGGUGGAGGAGGAAAACCGUUCACUGCGCAGGCAGCUCAGCCUGGCCCAGGGUCAGGGCCCUGCUCAACGCCGUGGGAACCACUCCAAGACCUACUCCAUGGAAGAGGGAACAGGAGACAGUGAGAACCUGCGGGCUGGCAUCGUGGCAGGCAACAGCUCUGAGUGUGGACAGCAGCCAGUUGUGGAGAAGUGUGAGACUAUCCAUGUGGCUAUUGUCUGUGCAGGAUACAACGCUAGCAGGGAUGUUGUCACCCUGGUCAAGUCGGUUCUCUUUCACAGGCGGAACCCUCUGCAUUUCCACCUCAUUGCUGAUUCUAUUGCGGAGCAGAUCCUGGCUACGCUCUUCCAAACCUGGAUGGUACCUGCAGUGCGUGUGGACUUCUAUAAUGCUGAUGAGCUCAAGUCUGAAGUGUCCUGGAUCCCCAACAAACAUUACUCUGGGAUUUAUGGCCUGAUGAAGCUGGUUCUGACCAAGACUCUACCUGCCAACCUGGAGAGAGUCAUUGUCCUAGACACUGACAUUACCUUUGCAACUGACAUUGCAGAGCUAUGGGCCGUGUUCCAUAAGUUCAAAGGCCAACAGGUCCUGGGCUUGGUAGAGAACCAGAGUGACUGGUAUCUUGGAAAUCUCUGGAAAAAUCACCGUCCAUGGCCAGCCCUUGGAAGGGGCUACAACACAGGAGUCAUACUAUUGCUUCUGGAUAAGCUGCGCAAGAUGAAAUGGGAACAGAUGUGGAGGCUGACAGCAGAGAGGGAACUCAUGGGCAUGCUGUCUACCUCUUUGGCUGACCAGGAUAUUUUCAAUGCUGUCAUCAAACAAAACCCCUUCCUGGUGUAUCAGCUCCCCUGCUUCUGGAAUGUACAGCUGUCAGACCACACUCGCUCUGAGCAGUGCUACAGAGAUGUGUCUGAUCUAAAGGUCAUCCACUGGAACUCCCCCAAGAAGCUCCGUGUGAAGAACAAACAUGUGGAAUUCUUCCGUAACCUCUACCUGACCUUUCUUGAGUAUGAUGGCAACCUCCUGCGGAGGGAACUGUUUGGCUGCCCCAGCGAAACUGAUGUCAACAGUGAAAAUCUUCAGAAGCAGCUGUCAGAGCUGGAUGAGGAUGACUUGUGUUAUGAAUUCCGGCGAGAACGCUUCACUGUUCACCGAACCCACCUGUACUUCCUGCACUAUGAAUUCGAGCCUGCUGCUGACAAUACAGAUGUUACCCUGGUAGCUCAGCUCUCCAUGGACAGACUCCAGAUGCUAGAGGCCAUCUGUAAGCACUGGGAGGGGCCCAUCAGCCUGGCCCUCUACCUGUCUGAUGCUGAAGCCCAGCAGUUCCUCCGCUAUGCCCAGGGAUCCGAGGUGCUCAUGAGCCGCCACAAUGUGGGCUACCACAUCGUGUAUAAGGAGGGUCAGUUCUAUCCUGUCAACCUCUUGCGCAAUGUGGCUAUGAAGCACAUCAGCACACCCUACGUGUUCUUAUCUGACAUUGACUUCCUGCCCAUGUAUGGGCUCUAUGAGUACCUCAGGAAGUCUGUCAUCCAGCUUGACCUUGCCAACACAAAGAAAGCAAUGAUUGUCCCUGCAUUCGAGACACUGCGAUACAGACUCUCUUUCCCCAAGUCAAAAGCAGAGCUUCUGUCAAUGUUGGACAUGGGGACCCUAUUUACAUUCAGGUAUCACGUCUGGACUAAAGGCCAUGCACCCACAAACUUUGCCAAGUGGCGGACUGCCACCAUGCCUUACCGGGUUGAGUGGGAGGCUGAUUUUGAGCCGUAUGUUGUUGUGAGACGAGACUGCCCUGAGUACGAUCGAAGAUUUGUGGGCUUUGGCUGGAACAAAGUGGCUCACAUCAUGGAACUGGAUGCACAGGAGUACGAGUUCAUCGUGUUGCCCAAUGCCUACAUGAUCCACAUGCCCCAUGCCCCCAGUUUCGACAUCACUAAGUUCCGUUCCAACAAGCAAUACCGCAUAUGUCUCAAAACCCUGAAGGAAGAGUUUCAACAAGACAUGUCCCGACGCUAUGGCUUUGCUGCCCUGAAAUAUCUCACGGCAGAGAACAACAGCUAGCACUAUGAAGACCACCGCUAGGGAGAGACAUACCACUGAGGAAGAGCCACUUGCUGCCUGGGGCCCAGCCAUUGAAGACAAACUCUACCACUGUUUUCUUUGGUUUGUUUUCCUUUGUCUCUUUGGCCCCUCAAAGCUGUUCUUUUCUAAGAUCUUGGACAGCAACCCAGUCCACCACCAUGAGGUGCUUACAGAAUGGGACAUGGAAGCGUGGAAGCAAACAAAGAGUAAACAACUUACCACAAAAGCACGAACCAAGUCAGGAUUUCUCGAUGCUCUAAUUGCUUUUCAAUAAUUAUGGUUCAAAUCCUAGCUGUGGAGAAAGAAGUGGCUAUUCUACUUCAUCCCAAGAAAUAAGAGCAAACUACUUCUUCCUAGGAAGGGAACUUUAUUUCCCCUGCCACCUAGCCAGGUACCCAAGUGGGAAGCAAGUCAAGGAUCCCAACUACCAUCUGGAGACCUGCAUAGGGACAUUAUAUAUGUAUCCUGGAAGUAGGAUGAAUUGAUUCUUUAUUCUCAAAGUCUCUCGUUUUGAGUUGUUUGAAUUUGGGAGAUUUUGAUUUAGGAUUCCAAGCUAAAAACAAUUAUCUAAUCGUUAAAGCUCUAAAAGAAAAAUCAGCUUCCCCAGUCAGCAGUGGACUGGCAAAGAUGAGCCUCCUUAGAGAAUGUUCACACAUGGACAGCUUCCUUCAGAAUGAACACUGAGAUCCCCUGAUGCUGAGUUCCCACUCUCAAGACCCAAGGUUAUGACAGGAACUACAGAAAAAUGAAGCCAACACUAUAUGCAAGUCACAUUCUUCUAUGGACAGUAACUAAGGCACAAGGAAAGGGCUUCAAGGAACUACUUCAGUACUCACUGAAGGUAUGAUUCUUCUCUCAGGCCUUUAGAAGAACUUAUAGUUCACAGUAACCCAGUCCGAAGACUUGUGUGACCACAUGGAAGCCACUGGAAGAAAGAGGUCAGGCACUUCCAGAAAAGGGUCGGGCACUUCCCUUUUGGAAGCACAGGAGUUAGUGACCUUAGUUUCCCUCAGGACUUGUCCUGGGGUUGGUAAGCACCUCUUCGCUUCACAGAUGGAGGAAACACUGAACUUUUUACUCGUUUCCUUUAUCUUCACUAUUAAUGUUGUGUUUCCAUCGAUGAGAACAAGAGUUAAUGGCCUGCCCAUUGCUGGACUGUUUGUAUUGAGUUGCCAUGUGACUAGUGAAAGCUGCAUUCAAUAAACAAAAGUAUGGACUGUU